AUGCGUGAACUUCUGACGCCUGAAGUUCCGAUUGUUAUCGAUCCUGGAAGCUAUCGAUGGCGAGUUGGAUUUGCCAAUUUGGAGAAGCCAAAAUCCUCCUAUAUCACGGAAACUUUUAUGUUGGAUGGGGAGGAACAACUUGUGGGGCACGUCAUCGCAUGCUGCACGCCAGGGGACACGUCAUCGCAUGCCUGCACGGCAGGAUUGGGAGGUGCUACGUCAUCGCAUGCCUGCACGCCAAGAUUGGGAGGUGCCACCGUAAAAACAGUGACCGAGCAAAUCCGCCAUCCUGAUCAUGAUUAA